CUGACCCUGCACUGAAAAACAUACCAACACACUAUGUGAUCUGAUAAUAAGUCAACAUAGGAAUUCAACCCAUUCCCUUUAAGCCUUUGUCUCACAACAGAAGUCAGCUUCAUUUUCAAGGAGCUGAGCUUUUGAGCUAGUUUUACAAGAAUGACAAGUUCUGGGAAAGUAGAUCAAGAUCAAAGCAAAAUCAAUGGCAUUGAAGAUUCUAAGACAACAAUUGAGUUCCUCCGGGGGAGAUUAUUAGCUGAAAGGUCUGCAUCACGGACAGCAAGGCAGAGAGCUGAUGAACUGGCACAGAGGGUGUCAGAGCUCGAAGAGCAGUUAAAGGUUGCGUCUCUGCAAAGAAAGAAAGCUGAGAAGGCCACAGCAGCUGUUCUGUCCAUAUUAGAGAACCAUGCAAUAGAUGAUCUUUCAGAGGAAUUUAGUUCAGGAUCUGAUCGGGAAACAAUCUUAUCUGAUUCGAAAGAUGCUGAAAAUAAAACAGAGGGAGGGGAAAUUUCGUCAAGUUCGGAGAUUGCGUCUUCUCCAUCAACUGCCCGAAGUUUGUCGUGGAAAAGUGGCAAAGGUUCUUCGCAUUCUUUGGACAGGAGGAAAUACACUGAUUCUAAUAGGAGAAGACGUAGUAACUUUGCAUCCACUGGCAUUUCUUCUUCAAAACGGGCUGGUAAAUCAUGCCGACAGAUAAGGCGCAGGGAUACCAGAUCAGCUAGUGAUGAGUUACAAAAUAGUUCUGCUGAAUGUGCCUCUGAGGCUCUUCCAAGUUCUGCUAACAAUAAGCCUCAUUCUUUGACGGACGGAGCUGGCAACAGUGAGACAAAUGAUCAAGUGGACGUUUCUGCAUCAGGUGUGUCAGGAAAUGAAAGGCAAGCUGAUAAGAAUGAUGAAGACAUGCAAAGAGUUUCACAUCAGCAAGCGCAACUUAUAGGGCAAUAUGAAGCUGAGGAAAAAGCUCAGAGAGAAUGGGAAGAGAAGUACAGAGAGAGUAAUAGCCAUACACCGGAUUCAUGUGACCCUGGAAAUUACUCGGAUGUGACUGAAGAAAGAGAUGACUUGAAGGCAUCUCAGCAACCACGCUUAGCUGGAAAAAGCAGUUCUCAAAAUCAUGCAAACAAGUAUGGAGCAGCAGAUAUUCCCUCUACUGAGGAAAAUGGAACUAUAAACAGUUCUCCAUCGGCCCCACAUGUCAAUAUGCGCUGCUUGAAAGAUAUAAAAAGCAGCAGAACUGGUGAAUCAGAUUCCCCAGCAUUAGAGUUUACACGCUCGAUGUCUAAUGGGAAUUGUUUAGAAAAUCACGGCCAUAGAUCUUAUAGUCACCAUCAGUCUUUUCCUGCGACUCCUUCUCCCAUGCAUCCCCGAGUACAUACUACCUUGUGUUCUGGAGGUAGCAGUUUGCAGGCCGGACAAGCUCUUCAAACAGGAUACGAACUUGCCUUGGUGUCUCACAACACUCCGAAUGGUGUAGGCUCUGUCCUCGGGGAACUUGAACAAGCUAAACUUUCACUGAAUAAACAAAUCAACAGCUCACCACCACUAAUAUCUGGAUCUUCUAUCAAGUCCAUGGAGUACCCGGUAUUGCCCCCGAGAUUCAGUUCCGCAAACUAUUCUCCUGAACCUUCCAUGUAUGAAAUCUCGGCAAGUCCUCACGUGGAGUGUCGAUCAAAUUAUGUUACACUUAAUAGGUUUACUUCUCCAUCCCCAAGACCUUUCUCGGAGGCAUCUUCUUCAGCUCCUGCAUACAGGCAUAACUCUGACACCCACUUAGAUGCGGGCCUACCAUCAUCAAUGAGGUUUAAUCCUAACUCGAGUUCACGUCAUCCCUUCUCUAGUAAAUUUACGUACCCGACGUAUGCCAUGCGCCCAGAUAUGGUGCCAAAAUUACCCUCAGGUGAAGUAUUCUCGAGAAAUUUCACUCUGAAUGAGACAGGUCUACCUCCCUCAUUUUCCUUCUCAACCUUGUGCCCGGAGGUGGUGCCAAAACUACCCUCAGGUGAAGUAUGCUCGAGAAACUUUUCUACUAAUGAGACAGGUAUACCUCCCUCAUUGGCCGUCUCACGUUAUGAUCCUCGUAUCAGACCAAAUAUGUAUAGUAAUUGAUAUUGUUUACACUACAGUUCUUGGUUAAGAAUCUCCACGUACCUCAAAUGUUAUGAGAUGAGUUUACAUAGGUUAUAUAUUGUUCUAUAGUUUGUAUGUCAUUUUCUUAAUCCCAAUCUACUCAAGUUAGGGGUCACAGAGAAACCUCAGCAAUAUACCUUUGGUUUUUGAAGCUGUUGUUGUAUACUAGGUGUGACUUGUCAGAAAUAAAUGAAAUUAUUGGCAGGUGGCUAUAA